CGGAAGGUUAAAACAUAUAAACUAAGUCUCGUUAUAAUACCGAACAUGGCCACGGGGUGGAGCAUUUGCAGCGGGUUGGAGAUUAGACGGAACGACCCUCCGGAAUCCAGCAAAGCGCGGGAGACUGGCCCCCUGCCAUGUGGUCCCUAGCCAAGUGUAUUCUAGGUAACGUUGAGUCAGGCUGAUCUCGACGGAGAUUCUGUUUCUCUGUCUGUCGGAGUGUGUGUAUGUAAGUAUCCCCUCUCCCUCAAGGCUGUUCUCGACAUCUCUUCGUCUUCUCCCAGAAUAAACCACUCCCUUCCUGUUUAUGAGAAGGAGAGGAUUAGGCUUGUUGUUGAUGCAUGUGCUGGUUCCCAGCGAUCUCUCUGGAGGCCCUUCAACCACAACUUCCAAACCUUGGACCGUUUGUGGAAAAAGUGUUCCGCCCCCAGACGAUCUGAAAUGCAUGCUUGUUGUGAAAUCGAAAAGUGUUCCUACUGGGAAGGAUGAUGUAAUCUCUGUUGGCAUUGGAAAUGGAAGCGCUUGGCUAGGCUGUUGAGCAUUAAUUAUGAUGUAACUUACUGUCUGUUAGCCUUCAUUUUAAUGUAAUUUAUUGUCUUAUCAUAAAUUAUAAGGUAAAUUACUGUCGUCUCCCUUCAUUCUACUGUAAUUUCCUCUCGGUUGAUAGCAUUUGUUCUACUGUAAAUUCCUGUAGUUUAGCUUUAAUCUUACUGUAAAUUCUGUCAACAAAUUCUAACGUAACUUCCUGUCUUAACAUUCCGAUUCGAGAAAACUUUGUAUACAUUCACUAAGAGGUCUUUGUACCUCUUUCUGUUGGCAUUGCUCCAGCAACACAUCCUCUAUCAGUCAGAAGGCUCACGUUAGCCGGACUGCAAUUGCGCUAGCUAUCCCGUCCUCAUGAGUGGGCUGUCUGUCUGCCUGGUUGUGGGAGGGGGGCAGUAAUAGAACACCGUCCAGUCUCCUCAUUCAACAUGGCAGACACUGGACACCGUGUGAAACGGUGGUGGACCUUCUCCCAUCAGGAUCUAGUUCCCCCACCUGCAACGGUGCCAGCAUGUCGUCCGCGAGCGUCACCGCCUCGCGGAGACAGUCCUGCUACCUGUGCGACCUGCCACGCAUGCCGUGGGCCACCAUCUGGGACUUCACCGAGCCCGUUUGCCGCGGCUGCGUAAACUACGAGGGCGCCGACCGGGUGGAGUUCGUCAUCGACAGCGCCCGGCAGCUGAGGCGGACACGCGGCUUCCAGGAGGGAAGGUCCGCUGGGCCGGGGAAGCCCCACCACCCCGGGAAGGACCCCCAGACGAUGAGCCAUUCAACGGCCGGGGAUCAACCUGGACCACGGCCGCCACAGUUGUCGAUGGAUCGGCACCCGCUUUCGGACCGACCGGCAAGACUGACAGGACCGGAGUGCCAAGCGAUCAUGAGGCAGACAAACGGACUCUCCACGCAAAACGGAUUGCCAAAAUCAGACGACCAUCCGCCGGAGCUCAACCGACAAAGCCCCGACCCGCGGCGGACUGGCGCGGUUCCUCUCAGUCUGCUGACCGGGCUGGACGGCCGUCCCUCGCCGCUGGCUCGACCCGGGGAGGGGAAGGACGCCCCGAGGCAGCAGUUGGUCGGCAGCAGGACUGUACGCCACCUCAUGGCACUGCAAGCCUUCAAGACGGAGCACGCGACCCUCCAGCGUGUGAUGGCGUCCGAGCCCACGGCCACGUCCUCCAAGUUAGGUAAAUCUCCGCGGGUGGGGAAACGGAAGUCAUCUCCGGACCUCAACGGGGAGGGGGGCACGGUCUCCAAGAUGAACGGUGUGGAAGCGUGGCUUCCCUCCCCCCACCCCCGUGCCAUGCCCCCUGAGCUCCCGCCCACGGGACCCUCUCCCAUGGCGGCCCUCCUCCUCGUCGCAGACCCCGCCGGCCUGCCCAAGGAGGAGCCUCGAGCGGACUCGUCGGGGGCGGGGCCCGGGGCCGUCGGGGGCGGGGCUCCGCUGUGCUGCACGCUGUGUCGGGGCCGUCUGGAGGACACUCACUUCGUCCAGUGCCCGUCGGCGCCGGCCCACAAGUUCUGCUUCCCGUGCUCGCAGGGGAGCAUCCGGCAGCAGCAGGACGCGACCGGGGAGGUGUACUGCCCCAGCGGGGAGCGCUGCCCCCUGGUGGGCUCUGGCGUGCCCUGGGCCUUCAUGCAGGGGGAGAUCGCCACCAUCCUGGCCGCCGGGGACGUCAAGGUGAAGAAGGAGCCCUGAGCACCAGGCCCGGGCCCCCCGAAGGGCUCCGUCACCCACCCGCCCCCAGGAGGAACAGCCGGUCCCAGGAGGAACGUCCGGCCCCAGGAGGAACGACCGGUCCCUGGAGGAACACACAUGUCACGUGUUGUCAGAAGUUACAUGUCGGAAGUUACAAACUGAGAGCUUGGUGUGUCGCCAGGUAUGCUUAUGCCAGGUACGCUAACGGCAGGUAUGCUGGCACGAGUCACCCUAAUGGCAGGUGUGCUUAUGCCAGGUACGCUUACACCAGGUGUGCUUAUGCCAGGUACGCUUACACCAGGUGUGCUAAUGCCAGGUACGCUUACACCAGGUGUGCUUAUGCCAGGUACAGGACGGCGGGUAGGCUAACGCCAGGUAUGCUAAUGGGAGGUGCUCACCGCAAGGUGAGGCAGACGGCAGGUAGACACAGUCAAAGAAGGCGGCUUGGGGACGACGCCCAGAGGUCUAACUGUACGUGUUUUACGUUGUUGUCACGCCGACCCAUGCAGAGCGGACCGGGGCCGGUCCGGCUGGACCGUAGACCGGCGGCCAGCGUUUACUGAGACGUAACGGACACACAUGGCUGUCGCCAUGACAACUGACCUGAGCAUGUUGGACACGAGAGAGAGAGAGGGGUCCUCUCCAGCAGCACUGUGUUUAUAAUACUUUGUAUACAAGACUGUGUAUAUAAAACUUAUUCUGUUGCCUACUUUUUGUUUUUAAAUUGUAUGAAGAUCUACUAUGUGUUCUGCUCCACAUCCAAGUACUUCCUGUUCAGAGUCGAAUGUGGUUUAUCUGAGAACCUCUCGUUGUACUUGUAGUUGUUCUUCUAUUGUUCUUUCUCGUUGUAUUUCUAGUUUUAUUCGAAAAAUCCAUCUUCUUGCCAAAUAUAGUUUGACCUGAUAACACCUGUGGCGUCUUUCUUCAAGGAGUGUGUGUGUUUGUGUGUUCAUGUCUCAACAGGUGUUAUUUCCCCAUAAACUAGUAUUGUGUUGCUAGGUGGUGUGUGAGAAAGGUCCCUAUGAGGGAGUGGUAUCCACGUUACGAUCUUCCCAGACUAGUUUACACCCCCGGUGUUUAAAUGUCCCUGCAGGCUUGCAUGCUUCAAAACACUUAAACACAUCCUCACAUGGAGGGAAGAUGACGUCUUCGCUAAUGAUGGGUUGAGGUUGAAUGUUCAACGCAUUCUUCUGACAUGGCCCCGGUGGCCAUGGCCACUGUUUACAGUGUCCACCUCCCUGCUGUUUACAGCAGGGAGGUGGAGGCGAGCGAGCAGAGAGUCAGAAGCACAUGGGGGAAGGGUACCCGCCGCCCAGGGGAGAUCAACGAGAACCAUGUUUAUGUCACUAGGUCAGAUGCUAGGCUAGAUGAAAGGCUAGACACUAAGAUAUACCGGAUGCUAUAAUGGAUGCCAUGCUAGAUGUUAUGCACGAUGCAAUAUUAGAUUUUAUAACUAGACGCUAUGCUAGAUGUUAGGCUAGAUGCUAAGCUCAGUGAGGUUAGGUUUCAGUAGACGAUUUAACAUGUAUUUAUAUUCCUUCAUCUAGGCUAAGCUAGUGCUACCACAGGCAGUGUGGGACCCCAACGGAAGCUGGACCUGCAGUAGUAGCAUUAGUUGGGGCAUUCUACUACCUGGGCCUGGUUUGAAACAUUUCCACUUUUCUCAGGACUUGGGGUCAGCAGGACGUUGUAGACCGCCUUCCCACCUGCUUGCGGGAAAGUUACGAUUAGUGGCGCUGGCC